CAUGCUGUAUAUUUUGAAAUUUCUAAACGAUAACACGUUUAAUCACGUUUGAUGUGUAAAACGCUUAUCUCCAAGUUAAAUAAUAAAAAUGGGAGAUCUCGUGGAAUUUCCGGUGUUGUUAAACGACGAGAUCAUAACGCUAUUUGUGAACAAAGAAACUGUCGAAAAAGCAACAAAAGAUCAAAACUUCCUGCAACAGUUAAUCAACAAAACAUUAAAUAAAAAUGCAGGAACUGAAUUGCCUGCUAACAGCCCAACAAUUGAAACCAUACUUACUGACUUACCAAAUAAAAUCAUGGAUAACAAUUUGAAAGAUAUAGAUGCUGCAAAGAAUUUUAUGUGGCCAGAUAAUGCGGUGUAUCUUCUGCUAGAAUUAUACCAAGAAAAGGAAGAAAUGUUUAAUACCUCAUUUAAAAAACAUAAUAUUUUGUGGAAAGAGAUUGCUGCAUCAAUGAGGGAAACAAGUAACAUUUACAAUGUGACGGGGCAACAAUGUUCUAAUAAAUUAUCUGGAUUAAAGCGAACAUAUCGAAAUAUUAUCGACCAAAAUAAAAAAAGUGGCAAUGGUCGAAAUUCGUGGGAAUUCUAUUCUAUAAUGGAUUCAAUAUUUGGAAAAAAAGCAUCCACGAAACCGCCUGUUGAGGCAUGCAGCGAUGGUCCACUACCACCGACACCAUCGACUUCGAAUAUAUACACUUCAACUUCAACUCCUGAAGUUCAAAAUUCAACUAGGAAGAGAAAGGUCGAGAGCAUAUUAGAAAAUUUCAUAGUCAAUAUUCGUGAGGAAAGAGAGAUUGUAAAAAAACAACAGAUCGAGGAUAAUCAAAUUCGUCAACAAAGUCGAGAAGCGAAAUACGAAGAAGAAAGACAAUUCAUGUUCUAA